AUGACCCAUCAAGUACUGCAGAUAUUCCAGAAAAAUGCUCAAGAAGCUCCUAUGCAUUUGGCAAAUCUGAAGUAUAACUAUGCGAAAGUUUCAAUUUCUGGAUCGGAUAUAAGGAUGAUGGCAAUUUAUGGACAACCCCAUCUGUCAGUGCCGAUUUUAAUUGAAUGGAGAGGUGAAGAGACGUUGACAUCAGACCGACACGUGCACGACACAAUCCGGCAUCAAAAGGAAUCGCGCAAAUGCUUGAAAUUUAAAUCUGGACGACUCCGAACC